UUACCCACACUCCCGUGCGCGCAUCAACAGCAACAGCUAGGAUGCUGCGAUCUCUCCGGCAGCCAAAGGAGGCUGCAGAGAUUCUGCUGCUGGGCUGAAAACCUCGCUCUCGUGUUUUGGUACAUGUCAAAUCCGUCGCACGGACACACGGAGGCUUCGGGUUCCUGUCGAAACUGCGGCCCCGGGUUCUAGGAGAGCCGCUGCACCGCGCUAAUGCGUUAGCUAGCUGGGGAAAGGGGGGGGGAUGAAUAAAAAAAUCAGAGUUUAAUCGCUAAUGGAGGGAAUUAAAUAGCCACACGGGCAGAUGUGUGGCAACUAGCGGCGGCUCCAGUUGAAUGAGGAUGGAAAGAUUUUUUCCGGGCGACGCUAUCGUUGAAGUUACACGUCGGACACAUCGCACCCGGAGCCGCUAUCUUCAGAGGGUAACCUGGAUAACCUUACACGCGAAAUGUCAUAGCGCGUAAGUAGCUAGCACGUAGCUAGCUCGGUUUGGACGGGGAUGGAGACGGACCCAAUGUUCCCAUCGGUAUCCUCCGACCACGGGCGGCUGCUGCUGCAUGGAUAGCUAAGGAACAGGACUUUUCUCCCGGAGAUGCUUUAGCCUCCCCCGGGUGGUGUAAUUCACUCCUUACAUAACAGCUCCAGCCGCUCCAGCUACAUCACCGACUGGCUCGUGUUGGCGAGCGAAUGGGAAAUUCGCCACCAAAAAACCUCCACAUCAGCAUAAGAGGAGAAAGAAAAGAGGGGGUGGGGGGGCAGUGCGUGUUUUCAGGCUGCAAAUAGACUCGUUAUAGGUUCACAGUGUGCGUGAGUGCAAUCAUUCUGUGCACGGAGAAACUAGCAGCUCGCCAUCUGCUGUGUGUGUGUGAGUGAGUGAGUGUGUGUGUCGUUUUGGACACCAUGAGGAAGUUCUUCGAUUCCCGUCGGGAGUUGGUCAGCUCCGGGCCUGGUUCCGGUGGAGGAGGCGGCGGCGGCUCCGGGUCCAGUCACGCAGGCGGAAAUUUCAUUGGACGAGCCUUCACUGUGGGAAGACACCAAGUCACUGUUGAGGAGAUUGUUGCUGAAGGUGGUUUUGCCAUUGUGUUCCUAGUGCGAACAAAUCAAGGGGUGCGUUGUGCGCUGAAGAGGAUGUAUGUCAACAAUGAGCAUGAUCUGCAGGUGUGCAAACUCGAGAUUCAAAUAAUGAAAGACCUUGUUGGUAACAAGAAUAUUGUUGGUUAUCUGGACUCCAAUAUCACAGCUAUGGGAUCAAGGGAUGUAUGGGAGGUCCUCAUACUAAUGGACUAUUGCAAAGGAGGGCAGGUGGUCAAUUUGAUGAAUCAGAGGCUGCAGACUGGCUUCACCGAGGCUGAAGUGCUGCAGAUCUUCUGUGACACAUGCGAUGCCGUUUCUCGUCUGCACCAGCGCAAGACGCCAAUCAUCCACAGAGACCUUAAGGUGGAGAACAUCCUCCUGCAUGACAAGGGUCAUUAUGUGCUGUGUGACUUCGGCAGUGCCACUAACAAGUUCCAGAGUCCGCAGACUGAAGGAGUUGCUGUGGUGGAGGAAGAGAUCAAAAAAUACACCACUUUAUCAUAUCGUGCCCCUGAAAUGGUUAACCUGUACAACAACAAGAUUAUCACCACAAAAGCAGAUAUCUGGGCACUGGGUUGUUUGCUGUACAAGCUGUGCUUCUUCACUCUGCCCUUUGGUGAAAGCCAGGUGGCCAUCUGCGAUGGCAGCUUCACCAUUCCAGAUAACUCUCGCUACUCUUACGAUCUUCACUGCCUCAUUAGAUACACGCUGGAGCCAGACCCAGACAAAAGACCAGAUAUCUACCAGGUGUCCCACUUUGCUUUUAAACUAGCUCAGCGGACCUGCCCUGUUCAGAAUGUGAAGAAUUCUCAAAUUCCCUCUAAACUUCCUGAGCCAAUCAAAGCGAGUGAGGCUGCGGCAGCAAAGAAGAGCCAGACUAAGCCCAGACUGACAGAUCCUAUUCCCACCACUGAAACCUCCAUCACCCCUCGCCAGAGGCCCAAAGCAGCCCACACCCAGCCCGCUGCAGGCAUUCUACCCAUCCAGCCUGCUGCUCUCACCCCGCGCAAACGGGCUAAUAUCCCCGGUGGUGCAGCUCAGCCCGUCGGAGUUAGCUUAAACCUCUCUCAGCCUGCUGCAGCUCUGCAGUCACAGAAGGCGCAGACUUCAGCUCUGCCUCUCAUCCAGUCGCAAAACAACUCCGGUCAGACUGUGGCUCCGCAGAAACAGGCCGUGCAGCCAGCCGCAGCUACAGCAGCAGAGACCCCCCCAGUAGCAGUAGUAUCACCAGUGACCAAGAGUGACGUCCAAUCUCAAGCUCAGCCAACAGUCCAGCAGCAGACCACACCUCCCUCUGUGGUGAGCUCCUCCUCCCAGCAGGCAGCAGUGACUCCAUCCAGCCCGGCCCCGCCUCAGCGUCCAGCUCGACGCAAGCAGGGUAGCCAGCCUCAGCAGCCGGCGGCUCAGCCAUCGCCCAGCAAACCGGCCUCUGCUCAGCCACCUGUAUCUCAGCCAUCAGCUGCCUCCACUGAGAUCAGCCAAAAAUCAGCCGAGACGACCCCACCUGCUUCUCCAAAGACAACUGAAGAGCGAGGGCACCAACGCGUCCCGAGUGACGCCACAGCAAGUAGCAUCGCUGCAGCUCCAGUUAGUGACUCUCAGCAGCUGCAGGGAGCUAAUGGAGAUGCUGCUCUCAACCAAUCACUCAUAUCUCAACCAAGCACCACCCAGCAUGUUCACCCCGGUGCUGGAGACGGAGUCCAGGACCAAAGCAAAGCUGGACCCACUGCUCCUGCCACCGGUGCUGCAACCAUCACUCCGACACAGGCGGCGUGGAAUCCCUUCGAUGAUGACAACUUCUCCAACAACUUCUCCAACCUUGCUGCUGAGGAAUUAAAAUCGGAAGACAAAAAGCCCAAUGACCUACCUUCAGAAACUGAGGCAUCAUCUUCUGAAGAGUUGAUACCAGGCCUGCAGGCCUCAACUGUGGAAAACGAAUCCCAAGAAACAAUUGAAAGACCAUCAGCCAUCGUAGAUUCAGGAGCUUCACUGUUGGCUGCACCAGAUCCUUUCUGUACCCUCGAGCUGUUAGAUGCACCAGAGAAGCUGAUUGAAGGACUCAAAUCUCCCGACACAUCUUCACUCAUGCUGCCUGACCUCUUGUCAUUGUCUGAUCCCUUCGGUGGGUCAGUUGAAGAGUCUGCGAAAGACUCCCUCACUGCAGACGAUUCUCUCCUGGGCUGCUCCCUGAUCUCUGCUCCGUCCGCCCCCCCAGCAGCGAGCAGCGCCACCUCCUCCGUAUCCUCAGCCCCCACCUCCGCUGCCUCUGUUCUGGAUGAUUUCAGUCUGUUGUCUGGAGACUCCACACAGCCGAAAGCAGACUCGUCUCUCCUGAUCUCGGACUUUGAGCCCCAACAAGUCAGUGGAGAUGUCGGCACAGAGGAUGAGUUUGAUCCUAUUCCCGUCACAGGGCGAAAGAACUCCCAAGACCUGCAGAGGGAGCUCAACAGUAAUGCACAGAAAGGCUCUGGAGCUUCUGUUCUGCUCCAGUUCUCUGAGGAGCAGCAGACACUGUGGAUCCAGCAGGCGACUGCUGCGUGCGUCUAUAACAAACACAUAGCGCAAUCCGAUGAGAGGAGCACUCACCACCAUGUGAUACCAACUCCUUCCACCAGUUUCCACCUCAAACCCAUCAACCAAGUUUCCCAGGUGCAGCCUUCGAGCAGCCAGGUCACCUCUGAUGUCUUCCAGCUGGCUCCUUUCAAAACACCUGGAAAAGAAAGCGGUGCGGCGUUCAGCGGCUCCUCCUCGUCUGCGUCCCAUAAACCCACGGAGGCAUCUGAUGUUUUCCUCCAGGCACCGUUUGGAAAGAGGCAGGAAACCACAACAGCUAAUGCUCAAUUAUUUAAGUCUGUUACGCAUCACAUUCAAAGUCACCUGGUCCCAGUAGCAUCUGUCCCCGCUCCCCAGCCUCUCGGCCUCCGGGCCCCUCCUCAGGCUGUGCUCCAGCAGCCGGUGGCGGUGCACCGGGUCGUGUCCAGGAUCGGUCAGCAGGCCGCCGUGGGCUCUGUGGCCGUGGGGCCUCUGCACUCCUGGACCAUCGGGGGCAGAGCUCUGGACGACCCGUUUAUUUCUGCACCUUUUCAGCCGAAAUGCUCUCAAGGGAAACCUUGAGGAUUUAUAAUCGUCUCUUAAAAAUGCCAAGUCAGCUUUUUCUGCAAUUAAUGAAGGAACCAAAGUAUAAGUCCGUCGCAGUGUUACACUUUGUCUAAUGUAGUUUUAUGAUUAUUGCUGCAGUAUCAAACAGACUAAAUGAUCCCUUUAACAACCAAGUACUUAAAAGUUAAUGCUCUACCUCAGUCACGUGCAUCAUUUCAGCACUUUACUAACAGUCGGAACUUAGACUGAGAAGUUAAACGACCUCCAGUGUAUUGAUCUCGUUCUAAAUGUACUUACGCUGAAAACGCUUUAGGGAACCAAAAACGUUUUUGUAAUUUUUUUUUCACUUAUAUUCCAUUUUUUUAUAUUUAGUGUUUCUCAAGUGGUCCUACUUUAUUUAAAUCUUAAAAACGUAUAUUGAGGAAAAAUAUUCCCAGCAUCAGAAAACAUUGAAACCGAAGAUAUAAAGUUACUACUUUUAAUUUUAGUUUUUCAGUUUUACAACUUUUAUUUCUAAUUUACAUUUAGACCUUUACAUUAUCUAUCUAUCUGUUUCAUAGCAGUGCUGGAAUAUGGUCCCACGCUUUACAUUCAGCCUUUGCUGUUGUAACUUUCAUGUAAGGGAAUUCCAAAUGUCUGGUCAGUUACCUAAAUUACUUCAAACAUAGUUGACCUGCUUUCAGAGGUUGUUGCUGCCGUUUCCCCACAAACUGUUUUAAGACUUUUGUGGUUGUUUUGAAAUGAGUUUGUUCAUUUUGUUUGUCUUUGGUUUUAAUAUUUUGAAGGAAACAUAUCAUGUAUGUGAUAAAUUCAAUCAGACAGCACAGUGUGUAAGAAGUCAUCAUCUCUACCGAGCCAGGUUUUUAUCAAGUUUACUCUUAAAGCGAUUAUAUUUGACAUUUUUCUUUAUUAUGCUUCAUACAAUGUGGCAGAGACUCCUGUAAAAUACCUUACUGCCUUUAUUAACAGCAUUUUGUGCAUGCAUAGUAUUUUUCAGUUGUAUUUUUUGACUUUUGAAACUUGACAUUUAGAAAAUAUCAGUGAAAAUUAAUCUUUAUUAAAGUUUUAUAAAUUUAA